GGUCCUCUAAAUUGAAUACAAUUUGUGCAUUUGACACUCCUAAGGUAUUUGGUCUUUCCUUCAUCGAAAGCCCGGUGAAAGCCAGUGCGAAUAAUAGUAUAACAACAAUGUCGAAGCGCAAGCGUCGAGGGACGGUAAAGAGCAUUAACAGCUCCCUUCUUAACCCUUCAGCAACUUAUCAGGAAAGGAUUAAUACGGAACUCCCAAGUACGUCACAGAUCAGACCACGAUCACGUGCACUAACACGAAAAAGUAAGGUGACAGCUGAUACAAGUCAUUCUGAGGUUAUCCCAGAGCAAGCUUCUUGUUGUUCGCAGUUCAAACCACGAGCACGUUCACGAAAAGGACGGAAAAGUAAGAUAACAGCUGAUACAAGGCAUUCUGAGGUUAUCCCACAGCAUACUUCUCGUUUUCAUGGUCAAUCAAGGAGGAACAACAGUCAAAAGGGGUUAGGCUCAUGGAAGUUUGAGCGGUACUUGGAGAGCAUAUGGAAAUGGCAUCCAGAAGAUAGGAAGGACUCAUUUACUUACCUUGACAGCUUGUGGUUCUCCUUGUACUCAGAACGUUUUUACAAAUCUAAGGUGUUGAAUUGGAUUACGAAAAAGAACAUAUUCUCGAAAAAGUAUGUUUUUGUUCCCAUUGUUCUGUGGGGCCACUGGAGUCUCCUGAUCUUUUGUCACCUUGAUGAAAGUUUACAAUCUAAAGCAAGAAGUCCUUGCAUGUUGUUACUUGAUUCUUUGCAGAUGGCAAACCCUGAGAGACUUGAACCUGGGAUCAGAAAAUUUGUUAUAGACUUAUUCAAAGCAGAGCAGAGGCCAGAAACCAAGGACCAGAUCAGGAAAAUCCCUCUAAUGAUUCCAAAGGUUCCGCAGCAGAGAAAUGAUGAAGACUGUGGCAAUUUUGUUUUGUACUACAUAAACCUCUUCUUAGAGAGUGCUCCAGAAAAUUUUAGCAUUUCGAAGGGUUACCCUUACUUCAUGACAGAAGACUGGUUUACUGUUGAACGGUUGGAAUGCUUUUGCCAAGAACUGCAAUCUACUAUUAUGAGUACUUCCGAUUCUGAUGAAUGCCUCCUAGAUGACGGAGAUGUAGUGUGUCUGGAAUAGUGCUGGGAAAAUAAGCAAGUAUCCGUCCAACCCUCCCAAUUAAAAACGGGUUGGAUAAUUGAUUUAUUUAAAUUUUAAACUGGGUCAAAUAUGGAUCAUUCUAUAAAAAUAGGAUAAAAUGGGUACAAAUAUGGAUCAUUCUCCUCCAGUUCCAGAAGCUGAAGCUCUUGCUACCCCUCCUUGUUCAAUUCUGUAUCCAGAGGCGGAGCCUGCACCAGUGCUGGUUCAUUGAACUUUAACACCUAUAUGGCCUUUGGAUCAGUUGCUGCUAUCAUUUGCGCCUUCGCUUAGUAGGGGUAUGAAGCUAGCUGCUGCUACUUCUGUUUUUUAUGGAGUGAGAUUUUACUAGUAGUAUUAUUUUAAGAAUUCUUAGUUAUUAUUUUUUUAAAGCUGCUCUGUAAUGAUUUAGUACUGAUUAGGAGUUUUUGGGUUGUUUUUUCGUCUCUUAUCUAGUACUCCUAUUAUUUUAAGAAUUCUUAACGAUUCUGAUUAGGAGUUGACUGAU